UGAUUGAAGGAGCUGCCCUGCUGUUACACACACACACACACACACACACACACACUCGUCUCAGUAUGCUGGCUCUCCUGUUGUGUGCUGUGCUGGCUGUUCACGCUGACGCUCUUGACGUCCGUGUCCCAGAAUCCCCUGCGGUGGCUCUGUUCGGGACGGAUGCGGUCCUUAACUGCUCUUUCUCAGGCGUCUCAGAGUUUAAUCUGUCUGACGUGAGUGUGUUCUGGCAGCUCUCGGACACCCAGCGCACCGUUCACAGCUUCUGGCAGAGCCGCGAUCAGCUGAUCGAUCAGGAGGAGCGCUUCUCCAACCGCACAAGCCUGUUCCCAGACCAGCUUCCGGCCGGGAACGCCUCGCUGCUGCUGAGGAGAGUGCGUGUGUCCGAUGAGGGAAGCUACUCGUGUUUCGUCAGGGUUCAGACGUACGGCAGAGGAGCCAUGCUGAUGCAGGUCGCAGCUCCGUUCUCCAAGCCGCUGGUCACCUGGGGCCCAGAGUCAGCCCUGAAGCCCGGUGAUGCGGUGGCCCUCAGCUGCGAGGCGUACGGAGGUUAUCCUGAAGCACAGGUGCUGUGGCAGGACGGGGCCGGACGCAAUCUGACCGACAACGUUAUCGUCUCACAGGUGGCCAACGAGGAGGGUCUGUUCAGUGUGAAGAGCGUCCUGACGGUGAUCCUGGAGCCCAACAGCACUUACAGCUGCAGACUGAUCCACCCGCUGCUGGGAGAAGAAGGACAGGCGUCUGUCACCAUCAGCGCUCCGGCUCUGGGCUUUCCUCCGCUGGCGCUGUGGCUGACCGUGGCUCUGGCCGUGUGUUUGCUGGCUCUGCUGGUGGCUCUGACCGUCGUCUGUCGCAGGAAGAUCAGAGAGAGCUGUGAGGAGAUGAGAGCAGAGGAAGAAGCCAAAGAACUUGAGGAAGCCAAAGAAUUAGAAGAAGCUAUAUCAGCUGCAACACCUCUAAAGAGCUAAAGUUGGACACCACGGGUCGAGGCUGGAACUUCAGUGAUUGAUAUGAGAAGGAAACAUCUGUCCGAUUCAGCUUCAUUUCAAAAGGGAUUCAAACAUGAACGGAUUUCACGCACGGAUAGUUAAACUUUACAUUUUGAUAUUUCAUGUGAUUCCCGUGUGCAUGAGGGAAAGCGUAUGAUGACUGUUUGACUACACGUUACACGACUGACCCACUGAUCUCCAACACCUGCCCGUCUCUUGUCAAACUCCCAGCAUCCUCUCUGAGUCGAGUGCUCACGUCCAUCGACUCAAACACAGCCAGCUGCAACUCAUUACACAUUGUAUU